CUGGGUACGUAAGUAAAUUUCUUGAAUAAAUGAAUAAAAACAUAACAUAACCUUGUUGUGAUGAGUGUUGUGUUAUUUUUUGUCAAAAAUUGUUAAAUAAUGCCUUAUCGUUGUUGUGUGCCCAACUGUAAUUCUCAAGGGAAAUGGAAUCCCAUCGUAAAGUUUUAUCAAAUUCCGAGUGAUGAAAGAGUAAAGGUAAAAUGGUUGAAGGCUAUAAACAUACUGGAAAAGGAUCUACCUAAACGACCUAAAAUAUGUUCGAAGCAUUUCGUAGAGUCCGACUACAGUAUUACAAGAUUUAAUUAUUCACUAAGUAGUAAAAAUAAUCCAUCUCCAAGUCGGAACACAUUUGAGUUUAAGGAAUUGAAGCCAAAUGCAAUACCAUCUUUACAUUUACCAGAAAAAUCUAGAAUUAAAUUAAAAGCAAACAAAAAGAAUAAUGAUGGAAAAAAAGCGGACGAAAUAAAGGAGGAAAACGAAAAGGUGAAAAUGCCCAAAAAACACAUUGAGAUUUUGCCCAGGCCGCGGGCACAAUCGAGACGCGCAGCUAGUAAAGAAGCCUUGAAACAAAUGCAACUUUUGCUUGACGAUGAUGAAGAUGAUCCUGUUGAGAUUCCAUCGGAUGAUGAUGUUAUUCCAGUGGAACCCUCACCACCGCCGCCACCACCACCUAAGAAAAAGUACAAACUAACACACAGAAAAUCAUCAGAUGGUCAUGACCGAGAUGUAAUUGUUUUAAAAACGAUAACAAAUCGGGAUGCUGAGAAUACCUUGGAAUUGGAUUGUUGGGUUGAACAACUAGAAGAAGUCCAAAAGUCCAGAAUCCAGAAAGUGCAGGAGGAAGAAAAACUGUUGCAGGAGAAACUCGAAGCACUCAUAAAAUCGAACAAUGCUGAAGUUAUUCACAAGAGCGACCUUAACACCAUUGUAGAGGUCACGGAACAAGUCCAAAAUGCCGUAUCUGCUGCUCCUCCCUCUAACAUAAUCCUUAAUAAUACUGUGGGUGGAACCUCUAGUUAUCAACUCGUUAUGGACCCACGACUUGGCCUCAUUGUGGGUGCAGUUAAUACUCCAUCACCCACAACGUCUACAAACACCCCCGCUCCGAAAGUUUAUCAAGGAAAAGUCCAGGUCGCACAAGGCUUACAACAAACUGCCACCACUUCCAAUGCUCAACCUGCUACAACUCGAGGAAUGAGAACGCGUAGGGGAGCAAAGAAUACACCACCGCCGGCACCACCUGUGCCUCAGCAGAGGUCAAUUCCUCAAACCAGGUCAACACCUGCUCCAGCAAAAAGUACUCCACCUCCUCCUAAGAAAACGUUGGUGACAUCAUCGCCUGCACCUGCCACUCGAGGAAGACCGGCAACUAACACCUACACCACAAUACGACCAUCAGAAAGCAACGUGGAGGGUGGUUUAACAACGGGCACCACUGUAAAGAAAGCUGUCGUUGAUCUUACCUCGGAAGACGGACGAGCCUUACCUGAUAGCAGAGAAAUUUCUUUCAACAAACUGCAAGGCAAAACCUACCCUUCCCUGGUUGUCGUCGCCAGACCCCAUCUCAGAGUUUUGGACCUCAGUGUGGAUCGUCCCAAGCUGGACGCCAAAGUGAAGUCUGUGUUGAUGCACGCUCCGACUAAAUUUACUGAAUGGUUAAUCCAACAAGGUUUGGUAAGAUCGGAACAGAAAUGUUCUGUCCAUUCAACGACUCAACUUAAGUUGGGUAUGUACAGUGAUGUAUCUAAAUUCCCAUAUUCUGGAGGUUAUGUGUGGAUAUCAGAGUGUUGUCCUCAGAGAUUUGUUUCGGUAUUCAGUGGUUCAUUGUUCGAGGGAUCACCACAUCCUCCAAUGGUUAUAUUAAAGUUGUUGUACCAUUGGUCGUGUCAAACCAACAUACAGAACGUUACGCAAUGGGUAAAAGUCGAUAACCUAUAUGUAAAAGGCAUGUACACGUGGUUGCGGUCUGUCUGCACGGUAGCCCUCCAGACCCACAUAAGGCAGCUCGGCGGCCCGGGAGUUAAAGUAGAAAUAGGUGUGAUAUCCUUAGGAACCACCUCACAAGACGGCAACCAGCGGCAAGUCAAAGUGGAGGUGCUGGGCAUCUUGGAAACAAACUCCAAGCUUAUAAGACUCCGUGCGGUUGAACCGCAAUCCGACGGCGACAGGAACUACAAGAAACGGUUCUCGAAAAUACUGGAACCCAUCUAUCAGUGGGUGCACCCGCAAAGUAUCCUAGUGGCUGAUUUGACGGUGGAUAAGCAGACUUUGCAUAAUAUGGGUUUCGCGAACGUACUUCAGUCCACAUCGAACGAAUACGGAAGUAAUCGGCAGAUCAUGGAGUACUUACGGAGGAUAGUUCCUAGGAUGUUCCAGAACACGCUGUCUUUACUGUCUAGGCAGAUUAUUCAACAGUUUCUAGACGAGUUGGUGUGGCGAGAAUGGUUCGGCACUUCUUCCCUGCAGGCCUUCGAGAACCUGGUAGUUCACUUGUCCGAGCAGACCCGUUUCGAAAGCGGACAAUCCCUAAUCACCCGACUGAACAAAGUCGCCCAAAACCCAUUUAAAAACUGGUAUAUACCCGUAACAACAACAAAAGUAGUGGAGAACACCCAGAAGAAGCCGAGGACUAGAAAGCCGGAAGCGCCUAAAGUCACCCAGAGCGUCAGCGUAGACGUCAAUCGUCCCCCAAAAUCGACUUCUCCCGAUGUACCGGAACAGAUGGUUCCUCUGGAGAAUUAUUACUAUGGGACGAUAGACCACUACACCAAGAGCAACAAGAUAGUGUUGAACAUGAAAUGUCCUUUCUGCAAGUCGUUAUUUAAUAACAACAUUCAGCUGAUGAACCACUUGUUCAAGCACGCGCACAACGUGUCCCAGGACGCUCAGCUUUGUAGGUAUUGCUUGACGAGUGUGCCCACUGCCAACGAUCUUCUCAAGCAUAUAGCCACGUCCCACCCUGCCGAGACCAAAUUCGACAACGGCUUCGUCUGUUUGAUAUGCGAAACCCACUACAUGAACCCAUUCGUGCUCGGCAAGCACAUGUCGAAGGAACACUGCCCCUCGGAGCUGCCGUACCAGUGCGGCACCUGCGGCUACCGCUGCUCCAAUCACAAGCAAGCCAUCGAUCACUUCUACCGCCAGCACGACAACGGACCUACGAUACAGUGCCCGUUCUGCUUGAAAUCCACCACGGUCUUCUCCUCCUCGAGGAACAUCGUCCAGAACAUGAACUACUUCAUCCAGCAUCUGCAGAAGCACCAGCGGAAGCAGUUCGCUAAACGGUGCGGCAAGUGCAAUUUGUGGUUCGUCCAGAAGGACGUGCUUAGAGACCACCAGAUGAGGAUGCACGUGUCUCAGAGGGGCAAGAACGGUUUGGUGCCUUGGAACGCGCCCAGGAACGGCGUUAUGGUGCCGAAAUCGAAGAUGGAUAAGUAUCCCUGUGACGCAGAUGUGAUUAACUUUAGUGCGUUGUACUUUAAUGUAUCCAAGAACCUUUUGUGUAAGGAGUGCAACACCCCCAUGGAUACGUCGAAACAUUUCCCGUCUUUCGAGAGUUGCCAGAAUCCUAAUUGUCAGUAUUCGACCUGCUGUACGAAUGCCAUGCAAGAACACAAUGCUAAAUGUAAUAAAAAUUACAGCAAUCCCGUAGCGGACGACAAGCUACCUUUCGAAAUGUUCUGCGUCUGUGGAUAUAGUAACAAAGAUGGGAAUCAAAUGGCAAGGCAUCUGGCGAUUUGCGAACGGAAAUCAGCGUACCCCUCUAAGAAAGAAGCUAAAUCAGCAACAGUAACUCAUAGCAUGUUGGAUGUCCUUGGUUUAGUAAGAAAACCGGAGGAAGGCCCUUCCGGAUUGAAGAAAACGACGCCUUCAUCCGCAGAAAAGAGAACCGAAAAGGAAACCGUUGUGUUAGACAGUAAAACCGAAGACAAGGAAAGUGAACGGAAGGAAGUAAAUGAAAAGGCGGAUACUGAUGAAGUAGUACCAGUAGACGAUCAAGAAUCCGAGAAAACGGAUGCAGUGGAAGAGGUAAGUCUUCACAGUGAAGAAAAAGGUGAAGAAACAGAUAAAGUGGUGAAUACUCAAGAAACAACUAGAACGGAAGAUAAAGAAGUUAAAGAAUCGAAUAGUGAGGUUGAUGACGUAACUCAAAAAGAAACAAAAAUGGCGAAUGAGCAAGAAGGUGAGAAAGUAGAUGAUGAAGAAACCGAGAAAACAAGUGAAAAAGAUAAACAGGAAAGUGAGUGCAGCGGAGAAGACGAGGCAAAUGAAGUAAGGGAACCACUAGUCAGUUCCAAAUCACCUGAAUCGGAAAAGGACGAACAAUCUGAGUCUGAGAUCAGGUCGACACGAGAACAAUCUGUAGAAAAAGAAAACGAAGAACGCGAGGCUGUUGAAGAGAAAGAAGUGAUAGAGGACUCUACCAAGGAACAAAACGUCGAAGAUGGAGACAUAACAUCACAUCAGAAUGUCGUUGAAGAAGUAGAACCACAAAAAAGUGUGGACGAAGAAACAGAACCAGACCAAAAUGUCCCCACUGAGGAUAUCGAAAAAACACCCGCAUUGCCAGAGAAGCAAGCUCUCGAUUCGGAUAUCACAUCUGACGAUAUCCAAAAUAUUAUUUCGGACGUGGUGGGAGAAAAGUCAAACUCAGAAAUGAAUUUUGAUGUACAAAACGUGGACGAAACACCUAACAUGGAAACAGAGACUGAUUUUCCCGUCAGGGAGGAAUCUCAGACGGCCAGUUCCAACCAAAUAGAGGAUGUUAAUAUGCAAAUCACGCAAGGGGAGAGCAUGGAUGUGUCCGAGAACUCGAACGACGUUGUGAUGGAAAGUGAUGUGACUCCCAUGGAAACAGACUAAGUUUAAACGAAGAAUAUAAAUAAUUCUGUAUGUAAGUAAAGAAAGUGUUUGUAUCAAACAUAAAUAAUUUAGCUUGUUUACGAAAUUGCUCUUAUUCUAUAACAGGUGUAAAUAGUAAAUAUAUAUAUUUAAGAUUUUUGUAAAAAGGUUUAUUAUGUUCAGUAAAUUGUAACUCUAAAAAGACUUGGUGCGUUAGUAAUUAUUAUUUAAAUAUUUAACAAGUUCGAUGAAACUGUUGUUUUUAUUUUUGUAGACUACUUUUAUUACUUUUUUCUCUAUUGUGUUGCACUAUUUGUACGUUUAAUUUUGUU